AUGUCGACAUCUACGGUGACCACGCAACAGACGCAGCGAUCAUUCCUCUUGGCUGGUGAGGAGCAGAUCCAGUCAGCGGCCAAUGACUCCAAGUUUCAGUCUCUUGCCCGCGGUAAUCGUGACGGCACAUUGAAGCUGCGCGGUAUUCCCACCUUCUCGGACCCGCUGGCGAAGCGGAAGUGGAUGAAGGAGCACAUGGCUGCUGCCUUCCGUUACUUCGGCAAGAUGGGCUAUGCCGAGGGUGUUUCUGGGCAUAUCUCGAUGCGCGACCCCGUUCUGAAGGAUCACUUCUGGAUGAACCCUUUUGCCAAGCACUUUUCUACUAUCAAGGCCUCUGACCUAGUUCUUGUGGAUAGUGACGGAUAUGUUACUGAAGGUGGUGCUCAAUUGCCCAUCAAUGAGGCUGGGUUUAUGAUCCACUCAGAAAUCCACAAAGCCCGUCCGGAUGUUAUCGCUGCGGCGCAUACUCACGGCGUUUACGGCAAGACAUGGAGUGCCUUUGGAAAACCCAUUGAAAUGUUAACCCAGGAUGCCUGCAACUUCUAUGGCCACCUGGGCGUAUACAAUGACCACGGCGGCGUUGCACUUUCCCAGGAGGAAGGAAAACAAAUUGCAAAGGCACUUGGCAAGGACAAUAUCGCAUGUAUUUUGCAGAAUCACGGACUUCUCACUGUCGGACGAACGGUUGAUGAAGCCGCCAUUCUCUAUUCCAUGCUGGAUAACGCUUGUCACUCCCAGCUUCUAGCGGAGGCCGCCGCUGCGAAUGGUGUUCCCAAGCAUAUCAUCAAUGAUGAGGUCGCCCAGUAUACUGCCGAGUUUGCGCAGAACCCUCACAACUUCUAUACCGAAUUUCAGCCAGAGUUUGACUUGGUAGUCGAAGAGAGCAACGGAAGAGUUCUUCAAUAA